UAGGCCCAGUCAAUUCUGAUCAGUGUGAUUUUUGAAAGGUAUUCCAUGAAAUUUUUUCUGGAUUUAAUGGACGGUUCAGAUCAAUCUAUUGGACUUCGCAAGUGACCCACUGCAACUAAGAGCACUGUAACUUUUACUACUACCAGAACACUGCAGUAUUUCUCUUUCAAAAAAAAAAAAAAAAACUACUAGAGAAUGAUCCAUACCAUCCAUUAGAGAUUCAAGAUGGAUUUCUGCCGAAAAGCCAGAUUCAUUACAUGAUCUGAGCAACAAUGCAGAUUUUGACCGUCCAAUCAUUGGAUUUUGUAGGAAAGUUUUUGGGUGGUUGGGAUCAUGAAAUAAUCUAUUUUUCGAGCAAUGUCCUAUCCAAGAGGCGGCCGUCUUAAUGGACGGUUCGGAUCACCUACCUAACACAUUCGCAGAUGUGAUCAAGGUUUAAGGUUGAAAGUAGAUCAUUUGUUUUAAAUGCAUAUGCAAUUAGUUUAACUUUGCAAAAGAGCUUUCUCUGAUAGAAACUGGCCUUUAAACGGUUUAUCAGUCCUCUCUCUCUCUCUCUCUCUCUCUCUCUCUCUCUCUCCAUACAUUGAUAGAAAUCAAAGCAACCACCUCCACCUACGGUAAAAACAAUCUGAGAAUCAUUAAACUCCACCAGCAUCUCUGAUAAAUUCCACUCCUGACCACCUCCUUCAUCUCUCUCUCUCUAUCUAUCCAUUUAUCUCUCUCCCUCUCUUCCCUUUAAAUAUUCAGUGCUUUCUCUCAUUCCAACAGACAAAAGAGCUUCACCUGGGGUUGUAUUUGUUUGUCUUCCAUGGAUUUGAAAACCCAACCAAAAGAAAGAAAAGAAAAGAAAAACCAUAUUUGCAAAACACCCAAAACCACUUGUUCUUGAAUGCUGCUUUUUAAACUUCCAUGAAUGAAAAUUUGAGUUUUUGAUGUAAGAAUCACCUCAAAAGCUUCUCCCUUCAAAGACCCAAAGCCACUUCUAUAGUUUUCCUAGUCUUCCAGCUCUUGAAGAAAGUAGUGUUUUUUUUUAAAAAAAAAAUAAAUAAAUAAAGAAAAGGUCCCAAAAAACCAUUCUUCUCAGGGUGAUGAUUUUGAAUAGUGGUUUUGUUUUCAUUGAUGAGUAGCCCAAAACCACCAAUUCUCAAAAACUCAAAACCAGCCAUCAAAGAAUCCUAGCUUUGAACUUCCAAGACAACCCCAAAAAUGGCAUUUUUAUCAUAAGAAACAGCCCAAAAACCAAUUUUUCUUUUUCUUUUUUGGUUGCCAGUGAAAAUCAUUUUUCCUUCCUUUUUCUCAAGGUGGUGGUUCAUAGAAAAAACUGGUUUUUUUUUGUCCCAGUUAUGAGUGCAGUCCAGACACCACAAUUCUCAAAUAUGGGUGGUUUUGAAACAUCUGGUAAUUGAAGGAAAUGAUAGCUUUUUGAAAGAAAAGGAAGGUGGUUUGGGAGAAUUUUCAUUCUCUUCUUUCGUUAGUCCUCUCUUUUCUGACUUCUCAGGCCCUCUUGCCAAAUGGGUUUUUCUUUCUUUGCAUCGUUUCUUGUACUUACCCUUUUCCUCAGGCUCUCAGCCUCUCAAGAACUAAACUCAAAUGAGUUCUUUCUCUCAGAUUUCUUUCAGAAAAUGGGCUUGAAUUCCACACCAAUCUACAACUAUUCAGCACCUGUUUGUUCAUGGAAAGGCAUCAUCUGCAAUCCCCAACAUGAAAAUGUCAUCAGUUUACAAGCCUCUGGCCUAGGCCUCUCUGGUUUCAUUCCUGAAAGCACCAUCUCAAAGCUCAGCAAUCUCCAACAUCUAGACCUCAGCAACAACAACAUCACUGCCCUUUCAUCAGAUUUCUGGAGCUGGGGCACCACUCUCAGAAGCCUAAACCUUUCUUAUAAUCGAAUCGACAGCCCCCUAUCGAGCAACAUCGGCAAUUUCGUUCGAAUCCAAACGCUCGAUCUCUCCCACAACGCCUUCUCCGGCAGACUUCCAGAGGCCUUCAGCUCUCUUACAAGCUUGCAGUUUCUCAAUCUCAGCAACAACAUGUUUGAAGGAAGCAUCCCACUCGGGCUACUCCAUUGCAGUGCUCUGGUUACCGUAGAUCUCUCAUUCAAUCAGUUGAAUGGGAGCAUGCCGAGAGGUUUCGGGCCCGCAUUGAACAAUCUGACCACUCUGAAUCUUGCGUGGAAUGGGAUCGACGGCAGGAUAUCUGACCUCUUUGGAUUGAACCACAUAAUGUAUCUGAAUCUUUCAAGGAACCUGUUCUGGGGCCCCGCGAUGGGCGUGUUCCAACUGCCUUUGCAGGUAGUAGACCUGAGCCAGAACCGCUUCCAUGGCCACAUUUCGGAGGUACAUUUCAAUACCAGCUUCGAUAGGGCUAAUUUGGUUUAUCUUGAUAUGUCUGAGAAUCAAUUCAGCGGCGAGAUUUUCAUCAAUUUGAAUCGAGCACGGUCACUCAAGCAUCUGAAUCUUGCAUACAACAGAUUUUCUCAACAGAAAUUCCCAAGUAUGGAAAAUAUGCUAAAUAUCAUAUAUCUUAAUUUGUCAAGAACUGAUCUAACGGGUCCAAUCCCCUCUGAAAUCUCACGAAUGAGCAGAUUAGUGGCACUAGACCUCUCUCAGAAUCAUCUUGUGGGCCCUGUUCCUGAACUGCGCAGCGAGAAUCUCCGAGUACUUGAUCUUUCUCAGAACAAUCUCACAGGCGAAAUCCCAUUGCCACUGGUGCAAAAACUAUCUGAAAUGGAGAAAUUUAACUUCUCCUACAACAACUUGAGCUUGUGCGACGUGAAAUUCCCUCCAAAAAUAUUUGAAGCUCUGUUUUUUGGGUCCCAGAUUGACUGCCCGAUCGCUGCCAAUCCAGAUUUUUUUAGAAAAAGGGAGACAAAGCAUGGCGGAUUCAAGCUUGCACUGGCCAUAAUGCUCUCCAUCUUCUGCUUCUUUGCGGGGAUGAUCUGCCUCACACUCAUCUGCAGACGGAGAACGAGAUUGUGGGCUAUCAAGCAACUCUCCUACAAGGAAGACUCGACUACUUCAGGAGCAUUUUCGACGGAUUCGACAACUUGGUUCAUGGAUGUCAAGGUCGCGACGUCAAUCCCUGCUAUCAUAUUCAACAAACCACUGCUGAAUUGCACGUUCGUGGAUGUUCUGUCCGCGACAUCCCACUUCGAUCGUGAAAUGAUGUUGUCCGAUGGUCAAUUUGGGCCAAUUUACAAAGGCUCCCUGCCAGGAGGAAUCCAAGUAGCCAUCAAAGUGCUAGUCCAUAGAUCGACAGUGACCGAUGAGGAAGCUGCAAGAGAGCUAGAAUGUCUUGGCAGGAUCAAGCAUCCAAAUCUCAUGGCAUUGAUGGGAUACUGCCUGGCGGGAGAUCAGAGAAUUGCAAUCUAUGAAUAUAUGGAGAAUGGGAACCUGGAGAAUUUGCUCCAUGAUCCACGGUCAGGAGCUCAACAGACGGAGAAUUGGAGUAUGGGUACAUGGGGAGAAAAUGGAGAGGAUGGUGAUGGUGCUUGGAACAUGGCCCGCUUCGCCUUAUCGACUUGGGCAUUCAGGCACAAAAUUGCACUCGGCGUGGCCCGGGCAUUGGCCUUUCUUCACCAUGGCUGCUCCCCUCCAAUCAUUCAUCAAUGUGUUAAGGCCAGCAGCAUCUAUCUGGGCCCCACAUUGGAGCCUAAACUAUGUGAUUUUGGAUUGGCGAAGAUCUUCGGAUAUAGCUUAGAUGAUGACCUCUCUCUUGGAUCACCUGGUUACACUCCUCCAGAAUUCGUCCAGAUCGAAACACCGUCUGUGAUGGUGAAAUCUGAUGUUUUUGGAUUUGGGGUGGUUCUGUUUGAGCUAAUUACAGGGAAGAAGCCAUUCGGUGAUGAUUAUCCUGGCGAGGAGAAUUCGAAUUUGGUGAAUUGGGUCAGGGGACUGGUGAGGAAGAAAGAGUGCUCAAGGGCGGUCGAUCCUAGAAUUCAAGGGACGGGAUCGGAGAUGCAGAUGGAGGAAGCGCUGCGAAUUGGGUAUCUUUGUACGGCUGAUCUGCCUUCAAAGAGGCCGAGCAUGCAGCAGAUCGUCGGACUAUUGAAAGACAUCGAGCCCGCUGCGGGCCAGUGAAGGGUGUUGGAAAGUUCUGCUUCUGCUUCUGUUAUUUAUGUUUUAACUUUCUUUUGCAUUGUCAUGAGAUAUUGAUAUUGCAGAAUAUACACAGAUGUUUGGGCCA